CAAAAAGAAAUAACCGCUGAAGGUCAGGACCUUGCGGUAUCAUCUUAUACUUUGUUUUCCAAUGAAUCUUUGACUUCAAGAAAUCAAAUAUCCUCCGAAGCUAUGGAAAUUCGUAAUGUUGAGAGUGAUGAUGUAAAAAAUAUCAAUAUCUUACCUCCUUUAAGACAUUCCGCAAGUGACAUGUUAAAAAGUAAAUCUUUAACACCUCGUCGUAGCCGAAUAUUUGAUAUUUUUACUUCCAAGAAUUCUUCUCAACGUGCAUCGAUUUCUUCGUCCAAAAGCCUUGCUAACCUUCAUGUGAAGGAUCCAAGAACCUUGGGACGGGAAUCAUCGGCUUCUAGGGACCAAACUUUUGUAAAUACUAAUAAUUAUUCACAUCAGAGUUCAAACGUUGACGUUGAAAACAUUGAUACUUCAUCUGGGAAGGACUUGAGAAUGUCUACUACAGAAUCAACAGAUGAACAAAACAAGUUUGAUAAAUCUCCUUUACGUCUUUUCAGGAAAAAGUUUUAUCAAAACCUUUUACCCUCUCAUAAUUUAGAUACAGUAAAUCCUAGUUUAUACGCAACUUCAUUGUCAUCAUUUUCAAAAUCUUUCAAUUCAGAGGAUCCAUCUGCAUUUAAAACUAUCUCGGAUUCUCAAAA